ACGAUAAGUAUACGCAGUGUGUCAUCCAAAUGCAUCCAUGUUUGUUUUUGUUGAAUUCUUUUGCCAACGAGUUAAGACGUAAUACUGCACUUUUCAAAACAAACCGGUAGCAGAAUUUGUUUUCUACCUUGCAAACACUAAAAGGAAACUAAAUCAGAUUCGCCGGAAGAUGUUGGCCUCGAACGACUUACGUCGAUGCAUCGGCGAGAAUCGGCUCAAAAUGGAAGACGAGUUGUGUUCGGAUGACGAAUCAAUCGAAGUGAUAAACGAAUCCGAUGUUUCGAAUGAGAGAAAAACAGACGCUAAUACAUUUUCUCAGGGGAAGGACGAGAUGAAUGACACCGAUUCCGGAGUUGAAAAAUUGAUCGCAAGUGUUAAUGAGCUUUCAUGCCGAAAUGAUAUGGCGGUAAGAUCAACACUUUGCUUGGAUUUCACGAAUUCCACUAGCUUCAUCGGUUCAUGGGAUCUUGGAGAAAGUGUCGUUUUACCUGGGCAUUCUACACAUGCGGCGAACGUCCAAGCGUGUGAUCAAUCGGUGAAACAAGAUUUGGUGACAGAUGAAUUUUUCGAAUCCAUACCAGAAGCUGAUACAUCAUCCUCAGUCGAUCUGAAAUCCUUCCAUAACCAAAAUGGUGACGAAUUUAUCAAGCGGAAGCUGUUGAAACCGAAGCGAAUAGAUCAAUUGACCGUCUCCGCCCGAAUCAAAUACGCGAACAUUGAGAUUAUGCUGCACAACGAAGGAUGCCUUAUGACGGCGGAUGAUAAUUUCGUGGCAAAAGUGUCGCUUGGUGCACCACAGGCUUUGGAUGUGGCUCGUGAUUUUGAGGCAGCGAAGGAUAUUUUGCUCAAACAGCUUCGGAUUUUGAAAGUAUUUUCAAAUGAUCAAAAAACAAAAAGAGCUGAUGAGCGCAUAGUGUUCUUGGAAAAAAUUAAGCAGGAUACUGAAAUGCUGUACGAUUGUGUUAGUGACUAUUUCAACAAUUAUUUUCAACUCAUGAAUAUUAUCGAUCGGCUGGAAGCAACUCACAACAUCAACUAUUCGAGUGUCUGCGAUGAAAUCGUUGAUAAUCCUCUUAUAUCUGACGACUGGAAGAAAUCCGCUAGAAGGCUUUAUGAAGUUGAAAAAGAAGCCCUGGCAAGGGAAGAAAUAUAUGCCGACUUUGGAUGGACCGAAGAAAACGAAUCUCAUUCGGACGUAUUUCGGCUUGUUCAGGGAACAAUUUUUGAGUAUCAUAGGAAUCAUUUGAACAAAGUUGUCGAGAAUGCUCCAAAUUAUUUAUCCGAUGGUUUGAAGGAAUUGUGUCCGAGGAGACUAUUUUUGGUUAACAGAAAUGAUAUGGAGCUUUUUGCGUCGAUGACUAACUACCUAAGAACAGAUUAUUUCCAGAAACCGGUGCAUGAUAUAUUCAAUCGUUGGUUGAACAGUAUGAAGUGUCAGCAAACACUUAACGAUUCUAGGAUUAUCCAAUCGACUGAUCCUUUAUAUUUAGAUUUGUGUGUAUAUCUUGAAGAAAUCAUCAUUCAUAUCAGUAAUAAGGUAGGUGUUGAUGGAGCGACAUUUCUCACCAGCGACGAGAAUGGGUGGCGACCAAUUGAGAAAAUACCUUGGAAGUAUGAGAUCAUUCCGUCAAUUAUUCUGGAGAGAGAGUAUUUAUUUCUGUUCGAUAUGCUGACUCAUUUUGAACCAUCCGCGGAGCGGAGAGUUCCAUUUCAACACACCAUGGAAAUAUUGGACAAACCAGAAUACAAAUCCGUUUGGGUCAAUUCUCCUCGUACAGGCGAUAAGAUUUAUGUGUGGUACUGUCUGCUAGAUAAUGUUCUAGCACAAGUUCUUCCAAACCAAGCAUUCGAAGCAGCUGUUCAUUCCUUCAUUCGCUUAAUUGGCUCUCCCAAUCUGCCCAACAUUGUCAGGGUCAGUUUAAUAAUAAUGAUCGCUGACAUCAGUCCGUUCCUGAUUGUGGAGAAUACUGCCACUUUCGAUAGGCUGUUAUUGGAAAAUCAGCUAUUGUUUCUUGAAUCAAUCGCCAACGAAGGUGAGGAUAACUGCGCUUUACAUUUCACGAAAGUUCUCCGAACUUACUGGAAGCAUAGACUUGAAAUCAUCGCAAGGAUUCCGUCCAAAAUUGGGCUUCCAGCAAUGGGAUCCAUUCAGGAAAAUCUAUUGGACAUUUUGUUGCUUGCUUCUGAGAAAAGGUUGAAUCCCGAAAAUGUUAAGGCCUUUUAUCAAAUCUUCAAUAGAUUCCUUUUGGAUUUGGACAACGUAUCGUUCGAUUGGUUUAUUGAAGACAUUCCACACGUUGACAUGAGUAUCCUCUGCAAAUUGAAAAUAAUCGAAAAGGAAGACUAUCACAUAUACCGAGUCGUACAGCCCAAUAAAUUCGCUCAAUCAGUUCCCAUGUUGUUUGAAAGCGUCGCUACACCGAAGCACAAUGUGAUUGAAAUAAUUUCCGCCUGGCUUUCCUGCAUCAAGCGUCAACUUCAGCGAGAGAUGUGGCACUCGGGCGAAAAACUUUCAGCUGCCGAUCAGCUGAGAGCGACUGGUAAACUUGUUCACGUCAUCCGACAGAUGUUGCCCCUCCUCCACAAACAGAUUAUUCAAGAUUCGUUGUUCGAAGAUAUGGUUUCCUUUGUGGUAGAUGCUGUUAAUAUGAGUAUUUCUUAUGGGGAUCUCUCAGAAAGGCUUAAAAAUUUCUUUGCACGCCCGGAGAUGUGAAGCUUGCUGAGAUGUUUCAGUGGAAAUUGAAAGUUUUUUUUUCUCUAAAAUUUUGAUGGCCAUUUAUGACCGAGAUUCCGUUUCCACAACUUCACUAAGGAGCAUAGGCAGAAAAAUUGGUGCAUAUUCUCACCGAAUGAGGCGACUUGUCGAGCAAAAUUGUAUAGGUCUGAAUUAUGUAUAACAUUCAGCUCGCGCAGUCCGAAGACAUCGGUCGCAAAUUUGUUCGCGUCUAUUAUUGAGUGGAGAUUAUACCGUUAUCAGUUCGUGGCUGGUGAAGUUAUUUCGCCCUAACGGGGUUCUCUUUAUUGCGCGAGUGAGGAGAGCAGCAAUCACUACCAGCGUGAGGAAGAAGUCCUCCACGGCGGACGCGGUGCGUGUGCCGUAUCAUCGCUGUGUGUGCUUUAGCAUCGUCAUCGAUUCCAUCAUCGUGUUUUGGUGCGAUAUACCGUUGCAUCUGUGCCGAGCGAUUGCCACGCGGUUCGAUUGGGACACCGUUUCAAUUCAUUCGCAUUGGUGUGCGAUUUAGGUAUAAUAUAUAUUAGGUUUAGAAAUACAAAAAAAAAUAAAAAUUAUAUUAUUUUAUAACUGCCGUAAUGGCAGAAUGUCAUGUUGACAUGGAGAUUGAAACUACUGUUUCCUCCUCACUAGCUACAACGGGGGCUGGGAAGUCGCUUAAACGCGUUCCCCCCUCAGAAGAUGUCUCUUCAGAGAAAGAGGUAAUCUACCUUAACAAGCCCCCCUCAAGAAAAUUGGCAAACUUUUCCUCCUCGCCCCCUCAAUCUCCCGCUCCCGCUUCCGCUCUACUACCGAACUUGCCUCCCAGCCCUACUGAUCCCGCUCCCGUUCAACAAUCGACCUCGUCCUCCCCCUCAGUUGUUUCCUCUCCUCGUGUCAAGGUCUAUCCAGACGAUGCACUUGGAGCUGGUCCAUGGGUUGUUUUUUUCCGGCCUAAACCAAAAGGAAAGUCAAUUAAUGUCAUUCAGGUUUCGAAAGAUCUGGCAAGAUUAUAUUCCUCCGUGGUCGAAAUCUCUAAGGUUAGACCGAACAAACUGCGUGUUGUCGUGAGUGAUCGGAAACACGCGAAUGCAAUUGUGAUCGACGAGAGAUUCUCCCUAGAGUAUCGCGUCUACGUGCCCUCCCAUGACGUAGAAAUCUCGGGGGUGGUAACUGAAACUGGUCUGACGUGCGAAAUGAUAAAAGGAGUUGGUAAAUUUAAAAGACUCCCGUUGGUGGGUGUUAAAAUUUUGGACAGCCGCCAACUAGGAAAAGUAUCCCAGGAAGAGGGAAAAACUAAAUUCACGCCGUCAGACUCGUUUCGAGUAACUUUUGCUGGUUCCGCUCUACCUGACUACGUCAUGGUGGGCAAAUUGAGAUUGCCUGUGCGACUCUUCGUGCCAAAGCCCAUGACUUGCCAAAAAUGCAAGUCAGUUGGUCACACUUCAGAUUAUUGUGCCAACAAGGAGCGCUGUGCCACUUGCGGAGAGCAACAUGAGGGGAAAUCCUGCAGUGCGACUGAGCAUAAAUGUCCAUAUUGCGGGGGAUCCCCACACGAGCUCUCAGUGUGUGAAACAUACAAGAGUCGCUGGGAGAAACAGAAGCGCUCUUUGAAGGAACGCUCGAAACGCACUUUUGCGGAUAUUUUAAAGGGCGCUUCUCCACGGGCCCAACAACAAUAACCAAUCAACACACAAAAUGUCUUCGCCACGUUGCCCGUUGACGAAAUAGAAGCGGACACAGCUAACGGGGGCACACCGUUCAUUUUCCAAGGGAAUCCCCGGCGCAAAAAUGUGACCACUCCCAAAGUUCAAGGACAAGCCCCUCCGGUGAUACCCCCUGUUAGCAUGCCUAAAAAAUCGAGUGCAGCGGACAAGCAAAAUCAGGUUCCUCCUGGAUUCCGUGGGAAUAAUUCACCUUCGAAUGGCCCAGCACUCGAGGGGACAUCAAAAACCCCAACUGUCCCUGUUUUUCCGUCCAGUUCAACUUCCCAAUCGGGAUUUAUAAAGUUGUCUGACCUUUUGGACCAAAUCUUCAAGUGUUUUAAUGUUUCCGACUCCAUCAGAACCAUUGUCACCGCAAUGCUUCCAGUACUAAAGACAAUUUUGCAAUUGAUGCAAACAUGGCCCCUCCUUGCAAUGAUUAUCUCUCUUGAUGUCUAAUUUAAAUAGAGAGGUCGGAGACAUCACUGUUUUACAGUGGAAUUGUCGUAGUCUUAUCCCUAAAUUGGAUACAUUCAAAUUUUUAAUUCAUAACUUCAAUUGUGAUGUUUUUGCUCUGUCCGAAACUUGGCUUUCUUCGCGAGAUGAUCUCUCUUUCCACGAUUUUAAUAUUAUACGCUUGGACCGUGAUGACAGAUACGGAGGGGUGAUAUUGGGUAUCAAUAAGUGCCACUCAUUUUUUCGAAUUGACCUUCCACCUAUUGGAGGGAUCGAAGCUGUUGCUUGUCAUGCAAACAUCAGAGGCAAAGACCUCUGUAUUGUCAGCUUGUAUUGGCCUCCGAGAGCUGCGGUUAGCCGCAAUCAACUUGUUGACAUGUGCUCACUCCUUCCUGAGCCACGAUUGAUCUUGGGAGACUUCAACUCUCACGGAACUGCCUGGGGGGAACAGUACGACGACAAUCGUUCAUUGUUGAUAUAUGACCUUUGUAACAGCUUCAAUAUGACCGUUUUGAACACUGGGGAAACAACACGUGUACCUAAACCUCCUGCUAACCCAAGUGCUCUUGACCUCUCGCUUUGCUCGAAUUCAGUAUCGUUAGAUUGCAAGUGGAAUGUAAUCCAGGACCCCAACGGUAGUGAUCACUUGCCAAUCAAAAUUUCCAUCACCACUGGGUCGAAUUCUUCUGAAUCUAUAAAUUUGGCAUAUGACCUCACAAGACACAUUGACUGGAAAAAAUAUGCGGACGCGAUUACUCUAGCCAUCAAUUCCAGAGAUGGUUUACCUCCAUUGGAGGAGUAUAACUUCCUUUCUCGUUUGAUAUAUGACAGCGCGGUUCGCGCUCAAACGAAACCCAUCCCAGGUUCCACUAUUCGUCAAAGGCCUCCCAAUCCAUGGUGGGAUAGCCAAUGUUCCAAGCUUUAUCAGGAUAAAUCGAACGCCUUUAAAGCUUUUCGGAAACGUGGAACCAUUGAGAAUUUUCAAACGUAUUUGGACCUUGAAAAUCAAUUUAAAAAAUUGAUCAAAGGGAAAAAACGUGCUUAUUGGCGAAAUUUCGUGGGAGGUUUGUCACGAGAAACGUCAAUGAAAAAAUUAUGGAAAGUGGCUCGAAACAUGAGAAAUCGCUCUUCAUCGAAUGAAAGCGAAGAAUAUUCACAUCGAUGGAUUUUUAAUUUUGCACGGAAGGUUUGUCCUGAUUCCGCUCCUGUGCAAAAAAUUGUUCGAGAUAUACCACAAGAUAGGUGCGAUCUUGAUUCCGAGUUUUCGAUGGUAGAAUUCUCUCUUGCUCUCCUUUCUUGUAACAAUUCUGCUCCAGGAACGGAUAGAAUUAAGUUCAACUUAUUAAAAAACCUCCCUGAUGUGGCGAAACAUCGCUUGUUGAAUUUAUUCAAUCGGUUUCUGGAGCAUAAUAUUGUUCCAGAUGAUUGGAGACAAGUGCGAAUUAUAGCUAUUCAAAAACCCGGAAAACCCGCGUCCGACUUCAAUUCGUACCGCCCAAUAGCAAUGCUGUCUUGUAUACGGAAAUUGUUGGAGAAAAUAAUCUUGUUUCGCCUUGAUCAAUGGGUUGAAACGAAUGGCCUUCUCUCAGAUACACAAUAUGGGUUCCGCAGGGGCAAGGGGACGAAUGAUUGUCUUGCGUUGCUUUCUUCAGAAAUUCAAAUGGCUUACGCCGAAAAAAAACAAAUGGCUUCAGUAUUCUUGGACAUAAAGGGGGCCUUUGAUUCAGUUUCAAUAGAGGUUUUGUCAGACAAAUUACACUCUCGGGGUCUGCCGCCUCUGUUGAAUAAUAUGUUAUAUAACUUGCUUUGUGAGAAACAGUUGAAUUUUUCUCACGGGGAUUCGACAGUAAAUCGGGUCUCCUACAUGGGCCUCCCCCAGGGCUCAUGUUUAAGCCCCCUUUUGUACAACUUCUAUGUAAACGACAUCGACAAUUGUCUUACACAAAAUUGCAGCCUAAGACAACUUGCAGAUGAUGGAGUGGUGUCUGUCGUAGGAUCAAACGAAUCCGACCUGCAAGGUCCCUUACAAGAUACUUUGAACAAUUUUUCAACCUGGGCCAUUGGGCUAGGGAUCGAAUUCUCCACGGAGAAAACAGAGAUGGUGGUUUUUUCUAGGAAGCAUAGACCAGCAAAACCAAAGCUUCAACUUUUGGGUAAACCGAUCACUCAUGCUAUGUCAUUCAAGUAUCUUGGGGUCUGGUUCGACUCCAAAUGUACUUGGGGGGCCCAUAUUAGGUAUCUGAGUAAAAAAUGCCAACAAAGAAUAAACUUUCUCCGUACAAUUACCGGCACCUGGUGGGGAGCCCAUCCCGAAGAUCUUAUAAUGUUGUAUCGAACAACUAUUCUCUCAGUGAUGGAGUAUGGCAGUUUCUGUUUUCAAUCAGCUGCCAAAACACAUCUCAUUAAACUCGAGCGAAUUCAGUAUCUUUGUCUCCGUAUUGCGUUGGGAUGUAUGCCCUCAACGCAUACCAUGAGUCUCGAGGUUUUGGCAGGCAUACUCCCACUAAAAGAUCGCUUCAAUUUAUUAUCUCUUCGGUUCCUCAUCCGGUGUAAGUUUAUGAACCCAUUGGUGAUCGGAAAUUUUGAGCAGCUUACCGAGCUAAAUUUUCAUUCAGGAUUCAUGAGCUCAUAUCAUGAAUUCAUCUCCAUGCAGGUUGAUCCUUCUUCGUAUACUCCCAACCGUGUUUGUUUUCCUGACUACAUCAAUUCCUCUGUACAUUUUGAUCUGUUCAUGAAGGAGAAAAUCCAUGGAAUUCCAGAUUAUCAUCGAUCGGGGAUCGUUCCUACGAUCUUCAAUGCAAAGUAUGGGCGUGUCAAUUGUGAUAAUAUGUACUUUACUGAUGGGUCCUCUAUGAAUGAGUCCACAGGAUUUGGAGUGUUCAACGAAAUUUUUAGCACCUCCCACAGUCUUCAGAAUCCUUGCUCUGUGUAUAUUGCUGAAUUGGCAGCGAUACACUGGGCGCUGGACAGCGUCGCCUCACGACCUGUUGAACACUAUUACAUUGUAACGGAUAGUCUUAGCUCUGUCGAAGCUAUCCGUUCAGUGAGGCCGGAAAAGCACUCGCCGUACUUCCUUGAGAGAAUACGAGAAAAUUUGAGUGCUUUAACCAGACGCUGUUAUGUCAUUACCUUUGUCUGGGUCCCUUCACAUUGCUCAAUUCCGGGUAACGAGAGGGCUGACUCAUUGGCAAAGGUAGGUGCAAUUGAAGGCGAUAUUUAUCAGCGUCAAAUCGCUUUCAAUGAAUUUUAUUCUUUAGUCCGUAAAAAUACCAUCGCUAACUGGCAACGUAAAUGGAACGAAGAUGAAUUGGGCCGGUGGUUUCACUCGAUUAUCCCUAAGGUUAGCCUCAAACCAUGGUUCAAAAGUCUGGACUUGAGUCGGGACUUUAUUCGCACCUUCUCCCGACUCAUGUCCAAUCACUGUUCGUUAGACGCGCUACUCUUUCGUUUUAAUCUUGCCGAUGGCAAUAUCUGUGCUUGUGGCCAAGGUUACCACGACAUCGAACACGUUGUUUGGUCGUGCGAGGAGUAUCUUGUUGCCAGAUCGAAUUUAGAAAACUCUCUUCGGGCUAGAGGAAGGCAGCCCAAUGUGCCGGUGAGAGAUGUGUUGGCUCGGUUAGACCUUGAUUACAUGUCCCAAAUAUAUGUCUUCCUAAAAGCUAUCGAUCUUCGUGUGUGAUUGUCCUUAUAUCCUUAUAUUCUCCUUUUCCUUUUCCUUCGCGAGAAAUCAAAUCCCUUCUUACUAACAAUAGAAUAAGGUGAAAUGUAAAUACAUGUUAGAUAUAAGAUAGGCUUAAGAAUUGAGUAUGAUGAAUGUGAGUGUGAACAUUGUCAACAUAUCCUUAUAUCCCAUCCUUUUCCUGAAACAAAAUGUCACCCUUCUAAACUCGAGCAAGCCGCGAGUAAUCGGUUCUCUACUUCAUUAACAUUAGCAUUAAUAAAAAAUGUUUAUAUAUACUUGUAACUAUACAGAUAGGAGUUUGGCUCCUUUAAACUUAUGUAACUGAGCCUGUAAAAAUAAACGAUUUAAUAAAAAAAAAAAAAGAAUUAUGUAUAAUCGAUUAUUAUGUCAUUAUAUUGGAUGAAUUUUUUGUUGAUUGUU